AGUAGUUCUGAGCGAUUUGUAACCAUAUCGCCAUUGGCGUUUAAUAAUCACGUGACGAUAUUUUCAUAUUUUUCUUGGUGCGAAAUCAAUCCGGAUAAAACAAGAAAACAGAGCUCGUCAGUCAUCGGCCAUUUUACAAUUAAGGUUCCAAAGUAUAUUUAAAAGUCAUUCUAAUCGUGAAUAGUUUCGUUGUAAUAAUAAAUUUAGUUGUUUUUCAAUAUAUCAUAAUUAAAGUGUGGAAUCUCGUAAUUUUAAGGAUUAAAUAAAAGUAGACUUAAAAAAUUAAGAUGAGUAAGGUGUGUUGACAUCGUAGUAUUAGUGACAUUCGUGUCCUCCGCUAAACUAGGUGCUUUAGGCGGAGUGUACUAUUAAAGUCGGAGCCCUGGAAGGCUUAAAAGUACAAACCAUGGGCAACAAUGCCGCUACGGCGAACAAAAAAGUAGAUUCAGCGGAGAGCGUAAAGGAGUUCCUGGACCAGGCCAAAGAAGAUUUUGAAGAAAAGUGGAAGCGGAAUCCGACAAAUACAGCAGGUCUAGAUGAUUUCGAACGAAUUAAAACCCUCGGAACGGGUUCGUUCGGCCGAGUUAUGAUAGUGCAGCAUAAACCAACUAAAGAAUAUUAUGCAAUGAAAAUAUUAGACAAACAAAAAGUGGUGAAAUUAAAGCAGGUGGAGCACACUCUAAACGAAAAGCGGAUUCUACAAGCCAUCAGUUUUCCAUUUCUCGUGAGUCUAAAGUUCCAUUUCAAAGACAAUUCGAAUCUUUAUAUGGUGCUUGAAUAUGUGCCUGGUGGUGAAAUGUUUUCUCAUCUUCGUAAAGUCGGCCGUUUCUCCGAACCGCACUCGCGUUUCUAUGCAGCUCAAAUAGUGUUGGCUUUUGAAUAUCUCCACUAUCUAGAUCUGAUUUAUAGAGAUCUGAAACCAGAAAAUUUACUAAUCGAUUCUCAGGGUUAUCUUAAGGUAACCGAUUUUGGUUUUGCCAAAAAAGUCAAAGGUCGUACCUGGACGUUAUGUGGUACACCUGAAUACCUCGCUCCAGAAAUAAUCCUCAGUAAGGGAUACAACAAAGCUGUUGAUUGGUGGGCUCUAGGAGUAUUAGUUUACGAAAUGGCAGCCGGUUACCCUCCAUUCUUCGCUGAUCAACCUAUACAGAUUUACGAGAAAAUUGUAUCUGGAAAAGUUCGUUUUCCAUCUCAUUUCGGCUCAGAUCUCAAAGAUCUACUCCGUAAUUUGCUACAAGUCGAUUUAACAAAAAGAUACGGAAACUUAAAAGCGGGAGUGAACGAUAUUAAAGGUCACAAAUGGUUUGCUUCCACAGAUUGGAUUUCCACUUUCCAAAAGAAGAUAGAAGCUCCAUUUAUACCGAGAUGCAAAGGACCAGGCGACACUAGUAAUUUUGACGAUUACGAAGAAGAAGCCUUGCGCAUCUCCUCUACAGAAAAAUGCGCCAAAGAAUUCGCCGAAUUCUGAAUGGUUUAUCAUGAAAUAAUUUAUGUAAGUAGCCUUGCCACUGUCCCAGGCUAGUGACAGACUGCUGCCAGGGGCUCUUCCAAUAACUGGUUCGUGCUUGCUCGAUUGGUCCUCUGUACUAUUUUAUUAAAACUAGAGUUAAUGCAAAAAAUAAUUACCUCCUUAAUAAACCUAUAAAUAUUUUAAAUUUGCUAAUGUGGGGAUGUUAAUAGGAUGUAGAAUAGAAUAUAACAAUCAAUUUUAGCUUCCGAGGUAGAAUUUUUGUAGUAACUUCAGUUUUUUAUUAUUGUUUUAAUCAAAUAUAAUUACCGUAGAAGGUUACUGCCAUCAUGAGGUAUAUUUCAAAAAAAAAAUUAUAACGGAGUUUCAAAGUUACCUAUUUUAUAUAUUAAACUCUAAAUUUCAUUUUUUCUUAAUGUACAAUCAAAAAUAUCUUUAUAAGCAUCCAUAUAUUAUGUCACAUGUCAAUUGUAGAGUUAUUAGUCCCCCAAAUGAAUGGACUAUAACUCUUAUUUUCUAUUAUUUUGGAGUUGGAUGGAAUUACUUUGAUGAAUGAAAGGACUAUAACUUUUAUCACCGAAAUGUGGAUUUUAUGUUGCUUUUAUUAGAUUUUUCAAUAAAAAUCCUAAGUGAAAAAUCGAGUCAGGAGGAUUAUGAAAAUGUGAAAACUUGUGACGUCGUGUAAAGGGGUUUAAAAAUCUCAAAAUUCUUGUGACGUUAUUUAUGGAUAGCCCUUUUAACGUGAAUUAUUUAUCUUUUUAUUAUAUUUUUGCUAUAUUAGCAGUUUUAAAUUAAUUAUUCGUUUCCAAAGUGAAUCAAAAUUUUGAAAUUAUUGGGUGUAUAUUAGGGUGAUUCAUUUCCGAAAAAUUUUCAUCUACACUCAGAAAAAAAGAUUCUAGUCAAGUUUAAACUCUUAAUAACAAUUUUAAGUGAAUUUUUACCAUUUGAAAUGUAUGUUUUUUUUUAAAUGUCUAUCUCUAGGGGAAUUUGAUGCUAUUCGAAAUCGCUUUAGAGCACUGGUUCGCAAAAUAGUAGUCGUUAAAGCACAGUUUUUGAAAAAAAAAUUUUCUCCAGUGCGAGUUACGCAAAAAAAACUCUGAAGCGAUUUCCAAGAGCAUAAAAUUCCCCACAAGGCCCAUCGAAUUGAUUUUCGUUAUUGCAAAAAGUGCAUAUUAGAAAUUUGAGAAAAAAAGUUCAUAUUCAAAUUAUAAGUACUUAAAAUUGAAAUUAAGAGCUCAAAGACCUUGACCCGUACAAAAAUAACUUCAAUAUAAAAAAAACUACUUGAAAAUGUUGUCAAAUGAUGUUAUCUUCAAAAUCAACACUCGACUUGUAGUAUCGACACUGAAAUUUUCAAUUGAAUCAUAAUCAACGUAUAUCCGAUUUUUUUUCUUUCUAUAUUGAACAAAUUGUUUCAUAUAUAUACGAGGACUGUUUGUUUUUUCAACCUCCUAUCGCUCCGUGCAGUCAAUCAAUAAAGAAAUUUAUUUUCAACAUGUCUAACGUCCUAACCUCUUUUAAAUCUUCCGUUUGUCAUAAAAAAAUCAUCGAAUUUCGUAUAGGGCGUGAUUUCUAGUCAAUUCAAACGAACGCUCCUAUAUGCCAAUCAACAGUUAAUGUAAUUGAAAUAUAUAACUUUAUGAAUAUACCUCGUACAUAUCACAGUUUCAUUAUUUCAAAAAUUCAUAUUUAAAAUUGGUAAAUUUGAAAUCCCUCAAUAAAAGUAACAUUAAAAUUUCAAAAUGAUGCAAUUUUAUCUUGAACUUAUAUGAAAAAAAAAUAAUUUUCAAACUAAAGUUUUGUAAUAAAUAAAUUCGCCAUUCACUGUAAGCUCUACAAUACUAUGAAAGUUAUUUGUAUGGGAUAUUAUCUAAUUACCAAUACGAGGGAUGUACAUCAAGUUCUAGAAAUAUUUUGAAUCAUUUUAAAAUUCGAGAUGAAAUAUUUAAUUAAUGCAACUUUGAAUUGGAUUAAAACUUUGAAAAACAACCAAUAAUUUAUAGAUUAAGAUCAAAAGGUUAAUUUCCUAAUGUUGUAAAUAUGGAUUAUCUAUUGGAAAAUAUUUAUUUACGGUAGCAAUACAGUAUGACGUACAGGAAUCCUGAUAGACGUUUUAUAAAAAAAAUAUUGUUUUACAUAUAUUUGAUUUUUCACUAACAAAACUCGAAUUUCUUUCAUAGCUUUAUUUUCAAUUGCAUUUCAACACUCCACUGUAUACAUGAUGCGCAAACUAGUUGCGUGACGAAUGUAGCCAAGAUGGCGGAACUACUUCCGUCGUCCAUAGUUGUAUUAUACAGAAACGUGUAUUUGCUUUCUGUAUAUUUAUAGUUAUUUUCGAAAUUUCGUAAAUUUAAUCAAUUUUUGCACUAAGAUGUUUCUAUAUUAUGGAAUUAAUAUUGUUCAGUGUGCCGUUUUACUAACAACAACAGAAGCAAUUGGUCUUAUUCUAUAAUUUUUUUGUGGGAAAUUUCCUAAUAAUAACAAACUCUGUGAAUUAAUUUGUUGAAAGGAAAAAAUACAAUUUUACAAGUAGAUAUACACAUAUUCUAUAAAAAAUAUAUCAAACAAUUUUAUUUAUUACUUAUUGUAAAUAUUGUAUCAUAUUUUGCACUAUUUACAUUAAAUAGUGUCCCAACUUGUUCAUUUUUUUUUUAGUUCUUAAUAAGUGCAGAGGUACCAAAUGGGAUCAUUGUGAAAGUAAGGCAUUACCUUAGGGCAAAUUAUCGCAAUAUCUUCUAUUAGAUUUAAGAAAUUAGAUAAAUAUAAUAGAGUUAAAUAUAUAUAUGGCUGCCUUUAUAAAUAUGCUUCACGUCUUUCAAUUAGUAAAUUUUUAAGAAACUAAGCAAUUUACCAUGGAUAAAUUUAUACUAAAACUACAUUUUUUUUAUUUAUCAAAUGUAUUUUUAAUUAUUUAUUGUGAGUAUUCAAUUUCACUUAGUAUAAAACAACCAGGAAGAAUUUUUAAAUCUGGCAACAAUGUGAUCGACUCGAUAGGGAGCGUGACGUCACUACCGUCUUAUUGUAGUCCACUUUCGAAACAAAUUUUUUGAGGUAGUGUGUGUCUUUAAAGUUAUUUAAAAAAAUGUUUAAUUAGUUUAUUGUUGUAUAAUAUGGUAAUGUGUUUUGUACUAGAAGAUAUUUUAACAUGUUUACGAUGAUCGACGUAGUAAAAACUUUGUUUGGAAAGUGAUCCUUGACAUGCCCUAACAAUGGCGGUGUGUGACGUCAACACUACUAUAGUCCAUUAGUUGUGUUUACCACUAUUACGUUUUUACUAAUAAACCAGAGUUGAUAGUUUUUAAAAUCAAAAAAAAAUAUAUUGAUAACAGAGGAGGUUAUAAUAAAAUUGGAAGGAAAAAUAAUUUACAGGUGAUUUGAUGUCGGAAAAGAAAGGGGGGUGAGUUUUUAAAGGUAAAAAACUGUUUUUCUCGAUUUCCGGCAAAACUACAAGUCUUAUGAAAACAAGUUGAAUAGCAAAGUUGUAGGUAAUGAGAAGAUCUACAACUUUUGUAUUUGCACUUUUUUCAUAUAACCUCAAAAUUUAUGUGAAAAAUUGAAAAAACCGAAUUUUUCGUUUUUAAUUUUUAUUUUUUAUUAAAAACUUUUUUUUUAUGCAAAAUUUUGUGAAAAGUUACCUUUCUAUGACCCAUAUACAGUGUAAUUUAUUUGAAAUAUUCAUUUUUUAGUUAUUUUGACAUUAUAUCGAAAAGGCACCGUAAUUUUGAAACAAAAAUUCUCCCUUCAAGGUAUAAGUUUUUUAAAAAAAAGUCGGUGAGAUUUUUAUUCAUUGAAAUCUCUAUUCUCCGAUGGAUCAAAAAAAUAUUACCAUGAAAAGUCAAAAAAAUCAAAAAACAUUUUUUUUAAUUAUGUACAAUUUUAAGUUGUUUAUUAAAAUUUUCCGCUCUAAUUACACAAAAAAUGUGAGAUUCCAUGUUACAUCGAUAAAUAUAAGUAAUUAAAGUGAAAUAUUUUAAUAAAUAUCUAAAAACUGAACAUAAUGUUGAAAAAAAUUUCGUGUGCGAAUUUUUUUUUUCAUUUUUUUGCCUUUUCUGAGAAAAUUUACCAUGGUGAUGGUAAUAUUUUUUUACAUCAUAAGAAAAUAGAGAUUUCAACGAAUAAAACACUCACCAAUUUUUUUAAAAAAUCUGUUACAAUGAGGGGAUAAUUUUCGUUUCAAAAUUAGGGCGCUUUUUCGAUAUUAUGUCAAAAUAACGUGAAAAAAUGAAUAUUUCAAAUAAAUCACAUUGUAUAUGGGAUAUACAAAGGUAACUUUUCACAAAAUUUCGUGAAAAAAAACGUUUUUUGUAAAAGAUGAAAAUUGAAAACGAAAAAUUUUGUUUUUUGAAUUUUCCACAUGGAUUUUGAGGUUAUGUGAAAAAAGUAUAAAUACAAAAGUUGUAGAUCUUCUUAUUACCUACAACUUUGCUAUUUAACUUUUUUCCAUAGCUCUUGUAGUUUUACCGGAAAUCGUUUUUCCCCUUAAAAACACACCCCCUUUGCCUUACCGACCACAUAACAAUUCCAGUUUAUGAUCAUUCAUAUAAUUUCAUAAUAAAUUUAAAAAUAAUAUCUGAUAAAAGCCCUCGAGUAUAUCUUGACUUUUAAAGUACUACAAGUAUUUCUAUGUACCUACUUUAUCGAAUAUUUUUAAAAUGACAAUGAGAAUUUUUUAGUUUUAGUAUAAAAUUUAUUGUGUCGUAUCCCUCCUCCAUUUCCACCCCCCAAAUUUUACGAAAUUCCUACAAUAUUAUUGUAAAAAACAAAUGUUUGGUAUGCCUUAGUUUCAGGUAAUCUUUUACGUGUUAUUAUGUUACUAUAUAUGUGGUAGUCUGUCAGUGUUUUGUUUCAAAGAAAUUUAAGGAUAUGAUCUGAAUUUAUUUAAAAGAUACUAAAAAGUCGGUCUCGGUGACUUUUAUAUUCAAUUCAUUCUAUUUCAUUAAAAAAAUAUCAUAUCAUUAAUCGUAAUAUUGAAAAUCUUUUUCCUAUGAGUCAAUACCUUACGUAUAAGUAUACAGGAAUACGACACGUGUUUUACAUCGUUGCCACGUUGUAGCGAAAUAAAUCUUAUGUUUUUUAAGAUGUCAAUUGUCAAAUUGAAUCAGUUCACUCAGAUCGACUUGAUAUUAUAAGAAAAGUAGGAACUAAGCAGAAAAAAAAAAUAAGUAAAGAUCGGUGUGUACAGAAAAUCAUUUAAGUUAUAUAGAAACCUAUUUUUAAAAGAAAAAUUAACAUCGUCAAGUUCUAUUUUUCUUAUUAAUUGGUUAUGUAAAUGUUGAUAGAUUUCACUAGUCCGAAGUAUUCUAUUUAGCGAGUGUUUAUUGAUUCGUUUCGAACUAUUUAUCUAAAAAGAAGAAAUAAACACUUUACAAAAAGUUUACGAUAAAUCUGCAGUAGCUCCUUUUUAAAAUAUAUAUAUAAAUAUAAAUCAGCUUUAAAUUUGUAGCCUUAUGUGAUACAUUGAAAUAUAUAAUUAGCUUUAUAAAUAAA